AUGGCUCAUGCCACUGAUCAAGCAGCUUCUUUCAGCCCAAGGACUUCAGCAAACCUUUCAUCCAACACUGCAUACAGCGUCUCAUUGGCAGGCAGCGAAGAUGAAGAACCUCCCAUACCCGCCAGAACUCUCAGUGCAAACAACACCGAAAGACCAGAAAAUGUCGCAAUGCUUCCAGCAGCAGAGAAGGACAGCAGCAAACCAAAACGAAAGAGCCGUCAGAGAUCCUCGGGUAGGGUCAUCUGGCAGAUGAUAGCUUUCUACGUGCUAGUCUCCGGUCUACUAGCUUUGGGAUUCAUGGCCACCCACAUGGCCUUCUUCACCCUUUUGGACGGUCAGCCUGUUGCAACGUCUGGCUUCAGCCAGAACUUACAGGCUGCUCUAGCCAACUUUCUUGCCAUCGCCGUCGAGAUCUGUCUUCUCAGUGGCAUCGCAGUAGCCUACGACCAGACUCUAUGGCGACUCCUCCGUCGCAAAGCACUCAGAGCAUACAUAAUCGAUAAGCUUGUGACUCUGGUUCUGAGUCCAUGGAACUUGUUCCGGUUGGAGCUUUUGACUAGCGCGCCCGAGCUCUGGUUGAUCGCGUUCCUCUGCUUCAUGAUCCCAGUUACUGUUGUCUUCCCGCCUGGUGCACUGACAGUUGAGUUCGAAAAUGCGGUGUUGCCGGUCACUUUGACGAAUGUGCCGACACUGGAUAUCAGCAACUGGGGAAACGGGACUGCCAGAGACUUUAUGCGGCUCUCAUUGAUGGAGCCUGAUAACGAUCUCAUACGACCAAACUUGAGACAAAUUGCCUCCCUUGUCAUCAGUCUUGGCGAGCCGGUACAUCUUACUUCGCCUUGUACUGGUCCUUGUACCUACAACUUGGUCUUUGAUGGACCAAAGUUCGAUUGCAAUCAGCCGAAGCCAACAAAGCAGAGAUACCCACCCCUAAACCCCUGCACUCGAGACGUUUUCUACACUGAAAACGGGGCAUAUUCGAACCGCUCCUUCGUGUACAACAACACUCUUGUCAUAACUUGGGAUACAAUGAAGGGCGGGCAGUGCAUUCCAGAUGGCCGCAGAACAAUGGAUUGCACAAUGGAGCUCGCUACCUACAACUUUACUAUCUCUGACUCUCAAAAUGGCACCCGCGAAAUUCAGACUAAGAUCCUCAAGACUUCACCAAUAUGGACGGAUGAAGCACCGGUUCAAAAAGAAUUCGCAACGUACUUCUUCGAUUACAGAUACGAAACAGCUUAUGACUCGCCCAUAAAGCAGCAAGAGCUCACGAGAAACUUUACACGUGCCCAAGCGUUCGCUAUCAGGAAAGCUGCCGUAGAUGCCAUGGUCGGCGGUGUAUUUCUAUACCGAGAUGAAAGAUAUGGUGUCGAACUACCAUGGAUCAAACCCGGGCCGGGCUCCCUUGCCGCAGGAAGCCCUUACAUUGGGCUCGAGGAUAAGUUCAACCCGACACUUGAUAUCAGCCCCCAAUCAAUCGAGAGAUAUCUACAGGAUGUCGUGAUCUCCACCGUGUCGUUAAAUCAAAUGUCGGCUGGGCCUCUAUGGGUCAACAGUCAGCCUGUUGAGGCACUCGCCGGUGCAAACAUCUACAGCUUCAGCGAGCCGUGGCAAUUCUAUGCCCCGUAUGUUUCGUGCCUGGUAGUCACGCUGAUUGUGUACAUCCUUGGGUGGAGGGCAAUAUACCGAAACGGAUGUUCGGCUGGAAAUAGUUUCCUUCAGUUCGUGGUAACGACCAGCACGAGCAGCAGGCUACAUGAACUUGGGAAACCUUGCAGUAUCGGGGGAAGCGAGAGUUUCUCGAAAGGUUUGAAAGAAGUUAAGCUCCGUUUCGGUAUUAAGCGGACGACGAGUGAUGUAGAGGCAGGUGAUGGGGAUGAACGGGUGGUUGUCCUCGGGACUGAGUCUGAGAUUGAGUCGCUUCGGGCUUGA